GUUAAUAAUUUGCAUCAGUAAGAUCACGUGACGGUGGCUAUUCACACAUUCAUGCUUCUCAUGCAACACCCGCUCGGCGUUUGUGUACAGUAGCGACAUGUCCGAAAUGCUCAAUCUCUCCAACAUUCGUGCAGCAGCAAAACGUAUCUCGGCCCACGCGUUUCGCACGCCCAUCAUGACAAGCUGCACGAUGGACAAGAAAGCAGGCAGACGCCUCUACUUCAAAUGCGAGAACCUGCAAAGAACCGGUUCUUUUAAAUUCCGUGGCGCAAUCAACGCCGUAAGUGAAAUGGCCGUCGAGUCGCGUCCGGUUGUGGUGACCCACAGCAGUGGAAACCACGCCCAAGCUGUGUCCCUAGCCGCCAACCUCAACGGUCUGCAGGCUGUUGUUGUGAUGCCUCGCACGGCGCCGCAUUGCAAGAAAGAUGCAGUGCUGGGAUAUGGAGCUCACGUUGUCGAUUGUGAGCCAACAGAAGCGGGAAGGGAGAAUGCUACAAAUUUGGAGAUUGCUAAGCUUACAGCUGGUGGCAGAAUUGGAGAGUUUGUUAGUUCGUCACAGGAUCAUCGUGUUAUUGCGGGACAGGGAACUGUUGCCCUUGAGAUGCUCGAAGACCUGCAACAAUUAGAUGGUAUUAUUGCUCCUGUAGGAGGAGGAGGGUUGCUCGCUGGUGUCGCUCUAGCUGCAAAGAGUCUUGAUCCCCAUUGUGACAUUAAGGUGAUAGCAGCCGAGCCGGUGAAUGCUGCAGAUUGCUACAAUUCGGUGAGGAGUGGGCAUCGACAACCACUUACUAGUGUUCCCCAGACUGUAGCCGAUGGCUUGAAAACGAAUGUGGGGACUGUAACGUGGCCCUAUAUAAAGAAGUAUGUCGAUGAUGUCGUACUGGUAAGUGAGCAGGAGAUCAAGGAUGCCAUGCAACUAGUAUGGGAGAGGAUGAAACUGGUCAUCGAGCCGUCUGCUGCGGUUGCUGUGGCAGCUGCUCUCACGCAGCAGUUUAAAGAACAACACAGCAAAUUGCAACAUGUUGGAGUUAUCCUUUCUGGAGGAAAUUGUGAUUUGAACAAACUUCCUUGGAUACAUAUGUAACACGUAGUCCAGAUUUCAGCAAUGUUGUCUUUAGAUGCAGUAGAGUGGAAGUGUUAUAUUGGUAUUCUCAUAUUUGGGUUAUGUUAAUAUUAACUCUGUUUAACUAAUUUUGCCUUUCACAUAUACCUACUAGUAGAGUUGACAUUCGCAACUUUGAAUUGGAAUUAUUUUAUUAUGAAUCACUGAACUGUUUCAAAUCUCAUUCAACUUGUCUUUACUAAUCUUGGAAA